CAAUGGAUGCCAACCCUACAUGCCGACCCCUACGAUUGGGGUGGAGAAUAUUCAGAAGGUUAACGUAAGAAAUUAGGGCCGCAGUGUUUGAAAUCAAAAUUUGGGAAUCAGACGAGGGAGAGGUUUAUAGACUCCAGAGAACUCCUCGGAGAGAAAAGAAUCUGUGAGAGAGAGAGAGAGAGAGAGAGAGAGAGAGAGAGAGAGAGAAAGUUAAAUAAACAACAAUAACUAGGGGACGCCGCAGUGGCGCACCCUCUUAUCAUGCGCACUCCCUCACUUCUUCAGUUCUUCUUCUUCAAUGGCUGCUAACAACCUAAAGACUGAUUCUCCCAUUUCUCGUCGCAUCGUUCGUGCUUUCCUUGAUUUCCUUAACUCUGUUGAACCUGCUCCUGGUGUUGAUCUUGAAGGCAUUGAGGUUGCUAGGGAAUGUUUACAGGAUGUUUUUAGGCUCGGUUCGUCUGCUGCUGAUGAGCAAACAAAACCUGAUUCGUUGGUUGACAUUUUUAGUUCAGUAGGAACAGAUAAGCUUAAGGAGAAAUUAGAUCAUGGAUCAAUCUCAGUAGAUGCCCCCAGUUCCUCCCUUCAGAAUGACUCUGAUUCAAAUCUUUCAAGGGCACCUAUGGGUGAGGCUUGGACAAGUAAACCUAAUGCAAGUGGAGUCUCUAAAGAUGAACUCUUCGGUCAAUUCUUUGCUGCACUGGAGAAAAUACACUUCUUUAGGACAAUGCCUGAUGGUAGCGAUGACCCAGUUCGAAUAGAUAAAGCGACUCAGUUAUUCCAUGAUGUUUUGACUGAAAUGGAAAAAUCUGGAUGCCGGGAUUUUAAUCCAAAGAACCUGGCUGACACCUUUAAAUCACAAGGUAAUAAGGCAAUGCAGUUGAAGCAGUACUCUGAUGCAAUUGAGUUGUAUAAUUGUGCUAUUGCACUUUCUGAAAGUAAUGCUGUUUACUACUGUAACAGGGCAGCUGCUUACACUCAAGUACACAAAUAUACUGAAGCAAUCAGAGAUUGCCUUAAAUCAAUUGAAAUUGACCCAAAUUACAGCAAGGCAUACAGCCGACUGGGAUUGGCUUAUUAUGCACAAGGAAACUACAGAGAUGCUAUCAAUAAAGGAUUUAAGAAAGCCUUACAAUUGGAUCCAAAUAAUGAAUCUGUCAAAGAAAAUAUCCUGGUGGCUGAGCAAAAAUUGAGAGAGGAGCAACAACGAGCUGAACGAGAUCAGAAUACAAGGUCUGCUGGUCAAAGUGAUCCAGGUCACCAUAACCAGUCUACAGGAGGAGGGUCAAGAAGCCACAGUGCCCCACCUCCGUUCACAUCCAUACCAUUUGAUAUGUCUUCUCUUCCUUCUGAUUUUGCGAAUAUGUUCAUGAACAUGGCUUCGAAUGCAAACCAAGGGCAGCAUUCUCAAAGCGGGCAAGGAGAUGAUGGCAAUAAUGUCAAUAAUGGAUCUGAUGACCCUGGAAUACGAAUUGGCGGGAACAUAAAUUUAAAUUUCGGAGAGCAAAUGCCUGAGGAGUUAGCUGGAACUUUGAGGUCCCUAGUAGAUAUGUUCUCCGGGGGUGGGGGAGCAUCCCGUGGAAACGCACAUAAUCCUUCAGAUGGAAGGUCAGCACCAAACUAAGAGAUUUCAAGAGUCUUAGGACUGUAUAAAAUUCUCAUCGAGUAUUUCAUGUGAUUUUUUUUUUUUGCCCCCUUUUUUGUUUACUAUUUAUUUUUCGAUUUGGAUUUUCCUUUAACUGGGGUUUUUCUCUCUGUUUCUUCUUGUCCGUAUAUUGUGAGUAAUAUACAUAGGCAUCAGCCUGAGAGAAAAUUUGAGAGUAAUGAAACAUAUAUAUCAGUCAACCUUCAUCGUCAUCAUUUCGAAAUAA